UCCCGCUGGGUGGCCCUUUUUACAGCCCGGCCUGCUAUCGCGAAUCGUGGAACAGGCUCGAUUGGGGUUGGAGACGCUCCGCCUUGAUAUGUGUGGCACAGUAGACGAGUCGAUGCUCAUCGCUUGUCUGAAGCUGCCCACCAUGUCGACGCUGCUCAAGUUGUCGUUACGUGCAUAUUGGCCCAUGUUUACCGAACGGUUCAUUCAUCUACUAAACCCGACCACGAACGAUGGCCUCUUAUUGCCUCGUCUCGAGCGUCUUGUGUUGGAGUACUGCGCUACAAGGGACGGCGUGGUCGCAGAUAUGUUGCAAGCGAGGAGAGCGAUGGCCGGGAAGCUGAGAUACGUCUGGGUGCUGUAUGGAGACGGGCGACACCCUCUGGACAAAGAGGCGGCUUAUCAAUUUCGGGGCUUCACGUAAGUGUUAUGCACGCAUACUGUACAUAUCGCUCCGGCCCCUGUCAAGAACAUCAAGUAUGCUUUUCGU